AUGAUGGCUUAAGUAUGAACUGAACUCCUUACUCCAUCCUGGUAAAAAAUGACGACAUUUUCAGUUUCUCUCUUCCCAAACCAAAUUCCAACUAUACCACCAUUAUCAACAUUCAACAAAUGCAACGUCAAUUCUAUCACUUCAAUCCAUUCUCUCAAAUACCCAUUACAAUUCAAGCCCUUCUCCUCAAAACCCAGUUUCUGUUUUUAUGAAUCAUCCAAUUCCUCAUUAACAACUUCAUCUUCAGAAUCAGAGAUUGAACAAGAAGAAGAAAAUGAGGGAGAUAUAGAUUCUGAUUCAGACUUUUUUCUUUCAACAACUUCUUCUAAUGGAGGAUUAGCUCCACCUGUGCUAAAGAAGAGGAAAAGGUACAGGAAGGAAUACCCAGGUGAGAGUAAGGGAAUUACUGAAGAAAUGAGGUUUGUUGCGAUGAAGCUUCGAAAUGAUAAAGGGUCUUCUAAGUCUUCUGGGGAUUCUGAUGGGGUUUGGGAGCCUAGUAUGGAAGGGUUACUCAAGUACUUGGUUGAUAGCAAGCUUGUUUUUGAAACCAUUGAACAUGUUGUUGAGGAUUCAAGCGAUGUAUCUUAUGCAUACUUCAGGAGAACUGGCUUAGAAAGAUCAGAAUGUUUGGCUAGGGACCUUGCAUGGUUUAGUGAACAAGGCAUGGAGAUUCCAGAACCUAGCAAUCCUGGAAUCUCUUACGCCUCAUAUUUGAAAGAGCUUGCGGAAAAGAGCGCUCCAUUGUUUCUCUCCCACUUCUACAAUGUGUACUUUUCACACAUAGCUGGUGGGCAAGUGAUAGCCAAACAGGUUGCUGAGAAGCUUCUUAGGGAACAGCAACUGGAAUUCUAUGGCUGGGAAGGAGAUGAACAAGAGUUGUUGAGAGAAGUUAGAGAAAAGCUUAACAGGCUUAGUGAGCAUUGGUCUCGUGACGACAAAAAUAAAUGCUUAAAAGAGGCAACGAAAUCAUUUAGGUUCCUGGGGCAGAUUGUUCGCUUAAUUAUCUUAUAAGGAUUAGGUUGUUGUGUGCUCUUGCUCAAAUGAGCACGAGAAAGGCUUCGCAAGUAGAUGUGUUGAGGCAAGUAGAAGCAUGGGUUGAGUAAGUGCUCGAACAAGCAUCAUAUGGAUUGGGCGAGCGAAUUCCAAAUUGAUGUCUUCAAGAGCAAAAUUGCAUUGGGUUGAACAAGGAUAAUAGCUUAGCGUGAAGGCUUGCUCGAAUGAGGUAGGUGGAUGCGUGACCGACAAGGUUCUUCCUUGAGUGAGAUGGUCAAAACUUUGUGUUUUGUGCUAAAUAUGCGGAUAAAUCUCUAAUUUAUAUGAUUAUUGUCCCAUUUUAUAUGCUUAGUUGAUGUAUUACUAUGCCAUUUGAUAUAUUUUCCCAUUGAAUUUCACCAAAGGAAUCCCUUUCCAUGUCCGACUCGUACUUACCAUAAGACUAAUUCAAUACAUAAGUAGACUAUAUAUCUUUAUCUUUGACUAUUGUAUUUCUAUGAGCAACUGUGUAUCAUUUUGCGUUCUGACUUAUUAGUAUCUUUCUUUAAAACCUCAAUUGAUAUUUAAUGUAUCAUAAUUAUAGAAUAAUUAAUUCACAACUAUAAUAAGUCUCAAAUAACUAAUUACUCUUAAAUUUAUAUAAUUUUAAUAAAUUUAUAAUAAUCACGAUAAGUAAAUUUUCUAUGAAAUAAAUAGAAAACAAGCUUUAAAUAUGUGGACUUCAUGGGCUAUGAAUGUUCAAGAAAACCGGUAGGUAGAUAAAACAAUAGCUAUCACUAAUUGAUUACUCCAAUUAUUAAUGAAUUCAUUUGUUUCUAAAAUAUGAGUACAACAUAUUUAUGAUAUUCAUUAAUUAACUUAUUUCUAUUUUCUAUUGACUGUGAUAUAAUUUUAAUUAGACAAGACUAAUUAAUUUUUUUAUUUUUUAU